UCCGUUGCUCAGACCAUCACACCUCUCUGUCCUCUCUCUGCUUUCUUCAUCUCCAGGUCUCCCAUCUGUCCCUGUCUCUACCAUCCUCAUCCUCACUCUGUCUUUCUUUGUCUCUCCAUGGGAGUCAUGUCCUCCCCCAGGUUCCUGUCACUUCAUCUGCUUGGAGCCUUGCUGCUGCUGCUGCUGCCUGGUUCUUGGGCUCAGCAUUAUGAUGAUUUCACAUCAUCUCCAGAUUACGACUCUGACUACAACUCCACCUUUGAAUACAGCUUCUUCAGUAAUACGAGCAGCGAGGACCUGGACAGACUUGUGGAACGCUUCCUUGAUCCUGACGAAACUACGGAGGGCACUGGAGGACCAGAGGAGGAAGUGACUGUAACCAUGGUGAAUACAAGAAGAACAACCGAGGGGGUCAACGCUCGUAGCACUGCACCAUUUCCUGUAUGUUUGGAAAUCAGGACACUGCUCUGGACUCUGAUGAUCCUGUUGGUCCUGCAGCAGCUGCAACACAUACUCUGGUGAUAGGUGUCGAAUCAAGCCCCUCAGCUCCGUCCUCACUGAACAUGGCUGCUCAUGAGCACUGCAUUGGAGUAGGUGGACCAAUCACAGAGCUUGUUUCUGAACUCUUGAACCCAAAUGAACUUUCUCACCUUUGUGUGGAAUCAUUUCAGAGAGAGAAAGUUUGCAGACACACACCUGGAAGAUUUCACUACAUGGUGACAUUUUUAUUAUGUGUAAAGAUGUUUUUUUAAUGGAACUGCUGAUUAAGCCAUACUUUAGAAAUGGUGUUUAUAUUUGUAAUAAAAAGACGUUUUUAAAGAAAAUAUGAAGUUAUUUUGUGUCCUUAUUGUGCAAACAAACAACAUAAGUGUUUGUAGUUGAGUGCAAACAAUCACUGUGUUACAGAAUAAACAUGGGGUCAGCGGGGGCCUGGAGCAUAUCCCUGCUUUCAUUUUUCCUCCAAAUCAUAAAUGUUGUUGGCUGAACUGUGAAACGUCAGCUGAAAGAUUUCUAUUACAACAGAACCAUCACUGUGCAAAUGUUUGCAUGUGUUCAUAUUCAGGAUCCAGCCAGUGGAUUUGGUUUAAUCACAGAUUUAUUUUAUUUGUGAUACAUUUUUGAUUGUGCUGUUUAUAGUUUUUCUCUAAAUCCUGUUUGUUUGCAUAAAAAAGACACAAAAGUGACAGAAUAAAAACACAAUUGUAUGAAUGAACAUUUUUGCAGAUACAUUUAUAUAUAAACAUAUUAAAGACAAAGUAUUUAAAGUGGA